UGCAAUCAUAUUUUAUUAUGGUGUGAUACAAUUUGAACAAGAAUAAAGAAAAAGAAAAAGAAGAAAAUGAGCGUAUCAAACACUGCUAAAUUACCUCCAGAUGGAAGCUGGGGUUGGAUGAUUGUCCUGGCAUAUUCAUUGAACGGGAUAUGUACCGUAUCGAUUAUGCAAGGUUUUGGAUUAAUAUUUAAAGAUAUUUUCCCUCGUUUUGGGUUCACUGCGACGGAGGGAACGAUCAUUAUUAAUACAAACUUAGCUUCCGGCAUGCUCCUUGGAUUGAUAAACGGUCCGCUUCUACGACUUUUCGGAUAUAGGAAAAUGGCUAUGAUCGGUAGUACAGUAUUCAGCAGUGGAGUAAUUAUAACAGCAUUUGCCAAAUCUUUUACCUGUUUAAUGAUCUUCUAUGGUAUAGUCGCAUCUUUGGGUACGUCGAUGACAUUAUCUGCUUUCUCGUAUGCGUUAAACUCGUACUUCACGACAAAAAGGGGACGUGCAAUAUCCUUAGCAAUGACACUUAUUGGAGUUGGCCCCAUAAUUGUACCUCAAGUGACCACUUUAUUAAGUUCAUAUUAUGGAUCUCAGGGUACGAUAUUGUUGUAUGGAGCGUUCACUUUGCACUCAUUAGUAGGUAGCUUGUUACUUCAUCCACUCAAAUGGCAUACGAAAAAUGCUACUAAAUCGGAAAGUGUGAACGAUGAAUCGUCGAAGAAUGAGAAUGAAAAUACAAUCAGGGCACGGAAGCGUAGUGUUUUCCAAGACGAAGAAAGUUUUAAAAGUUCAAUAUUAGACUUAAUUAAUGUACCAAGAAAAACGACUGUUUCAAGUAUCGAUCACGAUGCAGAGAUUGGAAGUAUAUAUGGAAUUGAUAUACCCUAUGCUCGACAGAUGUCUGAAACAUUAAGUUCUUCGUUAGGAGAAAAGGAAGUUGAUAUGUACAUAAUUGCCGAAAAUGGUCAAACGGGAAAGGAGCGUCGAAAAGUUCAGCCUUGUAAUCGUCGGUUAAAAAGCAUUGAGACAAUCAAUCUCGGCAGCAGUAUAAAAAUUUUUGAAGAGAAACCUUUAACUAGGUGCAGUAGCAUAGAUGAACUUGAAACGGAUAAUUAUCAAAGUACGAUGGAAAACGAUACAUUAUUAACAAAAACUCAUGCAAACACAGUGUCAAAUGCAAAUAUUGACAGCAAUGGAAAGUCUGAAAAGGAAUCGACAAUGACACGAAUGUUCAAGACGAUAUCAGAGUAUUUUGAUCUGGAUUUACUGCGAGAUCCAAUCUAUGUAAAUAUGAUGUUGGGAAUGUCCAUAGCUAUUUUUGCUGAAAUAAAUUUCUCUCAAUUAACACCCUUUUUCCUGUCGGAUAUGAAGAUAUCAAAUAAUCAAAUAGCGACUGUAAUGAGUGUUAUUGCCAGUGUAGAUUUGAUGUUCAGAAUUCUUGCUCCUUUUAUCGGCGAGUGGCUUCAGCAACCACCAAGAGUAAUGUAUCUAGGAAGCUUAUGCCUCUUAAUUAUCAGUCGAUCAGCUUUAUUAUUCGUCAAUGGAUUUAUUUCGCUGAUAAUCGUCGCUGUUGGAUUGGGAGCUGCUAAAGGGAUACGUUCAAUAUACAUGAGCUUAGUAAUACCUUGUUACGUGACAAUAGAUAAAUUACCUAAUGCAUCGGGAAUCCAAAUGAUUGUAAAUGGAGUAAUUCUUUUGUGUGCUGGUCCUAUGCUUGGUAUAAUGCGUGAUAGUUUUGGAAGUUUUACACCUUGCAUAAUUGUGAUAAAUUGUGUUACGGGUCUAACAGUCACAUUAUGGACAGUGGAAAUGUUAAUCAUCCGAAAGAAAAAAAUGCAGAAACGAAAAGAACAGCGAGACUCUCCUUGAAUUGUUGAAUACUCUAUACCCUAUACACUUAUUCGUAACUAAAAAUAAUUUUUUUACUAAACUUCAA